AAACCGGUCUUGGCGGGUUUUCCGGAAUUUCCGCCUCAAAAUCUUCAAACUAAAUUUUCCACGCAUGGGGCAAUAAGGAAUUAUUUUAUCGCUUGUGGUUGUAAAAGGGUUAUCCCUAAGUUUUCAGGAAUUUAACAGACUAUCGAAUAAAGGAUAAUACUCAUCGUCUUUCAUGAAUUCGGAAUUUGUUGGCAUCGGUGCUGUUAGGGGCGGAGAGAAUGGUCCAACUGUUGUAAUGAAAAAUCAACUUAGUGAAUCCACACGUUGUAUACUAAACAGCGCACUUAUGUCCACUGUCAGAUCUUUGUUAAGGACGUUCGCUGUAUCUGUGAGCAGACAGUCGCUUAUCUCAUGAAAAUAGUGAUUCUAGGCAUAUUAAAACCAUACAGAAAUGUAACAGCUGACAUCUCGGUGACCAAUAAUCGUGUCAGCUGUCAUUGGAAACACUCAUUUAGGUCUCUGAAAGGGCAACUAGGUGAAAACAUGAUGUAUUUCAUCGUAGAAAUAACCGGAUAGGGACUCAGCGAAUUUCUUACCUCUAGACAGUCCAUUGUGAUUUCUAGCCCCAUCUUAAUAGCAUUUAGGAUUUUCGAGCCAAAGCGUAUUGAUCGUUUCUUCCCAAGCAACGAAUGCUCCAUUGCAUUAGUUUUUGAAAAACACAAGUGGUUUAGUUAUAGUUACUAAUAGUUUAACUAGUGGUUGCUAGUACUUUUGGGUAAUAAAAGUAUAAAGGACUAGGUAGUAACCAAUGAGUAAUGGUAUUUAUUUGUCCGGAUUUUUCGAGGUGGCGACCUAAAGUCAUGGUAAAGGGUAGAUCAAAAAACCAAUGCCAAGUCUGCAGAUUGAAAUGUAUAAAGGGUCGCCCAAGUUCUAUUUAUUUACUGUAUGCUCACCACCCAGAUAUAGUUUAAGUAAGAGGUUGACGUCUAACGAAAUUAAUAAAACCAAUGGCCGACCCCGAGCUCCCAAUUUUGGGGAAGUCCCCAACGUUUGGGGAGAUGGCACACAAACCCCGAAAUUUCCCAAAAAUGUGCCAACUUUUCCCCAAAAUUUGGAACUCGGGACAUUAAAGUGCACAAUUUCAUUUGGCUGGUUUCAUUGGUUAAUUGACCAAAUGUUUUAUUUUUUAUUUAUUUAAAUACAUAAAUAUUGGUACAAGUGGGUACCAGAUAUAUAUGCACCACACUAAUCAAAUAUUUACGUUCUGAUAUAUUUUAAAACAUACACCCACUUGUCGUCAUUCGAUUGUGGAAAUAUUCUACAACUUAAGAGCUUCAAUCGACUCAAUCUAAAGGUAUUCUGAUUAUCGUAUACUAAAAGUGUAUAUCCACCGACUAGGUGCUCUAUUUUCACAGGACUAGUCGGGUUAGAGCUUACAACAAAACUGUGUAUGCCAGAUUUACUAAUUGACUGUCGGGGCUGUCUGGGUUUUCAAUGUGUUAUAGCUUUGCUCCAAAGUCACUUCUUGGGGUAAACUUCGGUGAGACUAUAAUUUAUAGAUGACCUUUGAGCGACGCUAAAGUAGCCUUUAGAAUGUCCAUCUACACACUAUGGUUAAAUGAGAGUUAUAAACCUGUGUGAAGAAGGAUUUUGAUUUACAGUUGGUGGUUAGGGUUAGAAAUUAGAUUUAUGAUUUUCAUCAUAAACUGACAUAAUCUAAAAUGCCAAAACUCUAUUUAGCUAAAUGGAUAAAAAAAUUUCGCUCCGAAAUUCAAAGCCUGUUAUCGUAAAUCAGAUUGGUUCGUCCAUAAAUUACAGUCUCGCCUUAACUUCAUUUCACCAUAUAGUUUAGCCAUCAGUCUGCUUAAAGACUCUUCAACGUGGCGCUCAUAGAUCGUGACAUAAGUUGUUAUCUUCUUGCAUCUUACUUUCCAAUGGUUGUGAAUUACUGAGUUCAUGUUGAUUAUGUUUAGUACUAUCGUCCAUAGUAGAUCACUACUUUUAGUUUCAGAUGGGUGGUCAACUCUUAUGUAUUUCUUUUGCGAUUUCCAGGUGAGCUUGAUGAUACUCCCGGUGUACCGUCAAUGACCAACUGCCCUCAGGAAACUAAGAGAAAAGGCACCAAAUUAUCAUCCAAGCAUCAGAACCUUAGCAAGACAGAUGAAUUGUCUACCCGUCCUCAACCUCCAUGUUCUGUUCGAUUGAUCGACGAAGAAGAACGUGUUCUAUUUGAAGAUGCAGACGUUUUGGCUUGGCAUUUGGGUUGCCCUGCAGAUAGAACAGUAAAACUUAUCGCUAUUGUUGGAAAUACAGGUGAUGGGAAGUCACAUACUCUAAAUCAAGCGUUUUGCGGCGGUGCAGAUGUAUUUGUCACCUCGCCCUCGCAAGCCACGUGUACAAUUGGAAUAUGGGCCGCCUAUCUACCUAAGGAGGGCUAUCUUCUCAUAGAUACUGAAGGUUUACUUGGUGCUAGCCCUAAUCCUAAUCGACAAAGACGUUUAUUGUUGAAGGUUUUUGCAUUAGCUGAUGUUGUCAUCUAUCGUACUAUGUCUGAUCGUCUUCAUAGUGAUAUGUUCACUUUCCUUGCGGAUGCAAGCGAUGCUUUUUCAGAACAUUUUCGCCCAGAUUUAGAAGCAUUAGCUGAACGUACUGGUUUACCAUGGACACCUGGUCAGCUAGGCCCAGUUGUUGUUAUAUUUCAAGAGACGCAACAUACCCUCCCACUUGAUGAACCUCACAGCAUAGCUUCAGUGAACAAUAAUACAUGCACUGAUCGUUUGGGGUCUGCGGAACCAUCUAAUGAAAGAAUGUCAACUUUAAGUUCAAGGUUUUUGACAGAACGCCUUGUAGCAAUGAGACGCAACGCGAAUGCAUUUUCUUCACUUGUGUAUGUUGGAACACAAACUAAAGUACCUCCAACAAAUUUCCAGCCUCUAGCCUCUAUGGUUGCCAAAAAGAUACGUGAUAUAUCUGUCAGAGCUCCACGCAAACUGGUGCAUAUAUUUCAUAUCCUUCAAGCACUUAACACUCGUUUUUCAUCCGAUCUUCCCUGCUCGUCACCAACAUUUGUUGAAGAGUACUUCACGUGUCCAUGCAAAUGUAUCAGCUGUGGUGUUAGAUGUUGCUUGAGUGUUAACCAUACGUCAAACAAUGUCGGUCAUAAAGCUGAAUAUGUGGGUUCCAAUGGCGUUAGUGCGUCACCGUGUCGUUACGAACCAUCGCUUCAGAAUAAACUGUACUUUUGUAAGCUAUGUUAUGCCUAUGGUCAAAAAACAAUGAUGGUUCCUAAGAGUGGUGAGUCAAAUACCAAUGCUUUGUCAGCUGUUGUAAAAUAUCUUUGGGCUGGUUAUGUUUUAGAAUGCCCAAGGCAUGGCACCAUCUAUCGUAGUCGUGGUUACUGGUCUGGUAACGUAGAGCCAGAAAUGAAUCCUCAAGUACAUUGGGAAAUCGUACAUGUUUGGCAAGGAGAAAAGUCAAUACUCUCGGGUACUCAUCCAGUUAGUCAGUUAUUGUUAGAUGGACUAACUGUCGUUUCUAGUCAAGUAAGUCAGUUGGCUGGUCCUCCAGCACGUCGUUUGGGAGAUCUUAUUGCUGACAGCGUGGCUCCUCGGUAUUGGCAACCUAAUUCCAGUAUUAAAGCUUGUGCUGUUUGUAAGGUUGAAUUUCAAAGUUCAUCAGAUGAUUCUGUUUGCAACCGUAAUUCACUUGUUAGACAAAAAUCUGCUACCGAUAAAAAGCAACCAACACCAUCUGUUGUUGAUGAUAGUUCUCAGAAAGAUAAGAUGUUUACUGGCAAAGAUAAUUCAAUGCUUAAUCGGUCGUCAUCAUUUUCAGAUUCGCUAAAUAAAGAGAAAAGUUCUACUAAACCAUUAAAACCUUUUAUUGAUGACUUAUCAAAACAUCAUUGUCGAGCUUGUGGUAGAGGUGUCUGUGCCAAGUGUUCAACUGGCCGUUUACCUGUUCCGGAUCAAGGAUAUGGAAGUGAUGGUGUACGUGUUUGUGACCAGUGCUAUGAUGCUCGAUUACAAGAUAAAGGUAUCGAUUCAAAAACUCGUGUAUCUGGAAUGAAUUAUAAUCCUCAAAUCAAUAACAAUUCUUUAACUGGUCGUAAGGUAAUUGAAAUGUUGUCUGCUACAGCUGAUUACAUAGCACCAAUAUAUACUGGACCUAAAGAGCUCGUUAAAUCUCUUGCUCGACCAGAUUAUUGGCAGCCUGAUGAUCAAUGUGUCUCAUGCAACGUAUGUUCCGCUCAAUUUGGUUCGCGUUUAAGUAUUCAUCAUUGUCGUUCUUGCGGUCAGGGUGUUUGUGGAUUUUGUUCACAGCAUUAUCAACCUGUACCUAAAAGAGGUCUUGAUUUCCCUUCGCGCGUGUGCGAUCGCUGUUACCAGCCAAACAUAAAGAAUUAUGAAUCUUCUCAUCGUCCAACUGUAUCUGAACACCGAAGCUCGGAUUUGGCUAGUAACGUACCAAAUCAGCAAAUGCAACACCAGAAGCGUAACACUCAAGGGAUUCAGUACAACAAUCUUAAUGUAAACACUGCCCAUAAAAGGAAUUCCCAGGAUUGAUUUCACAUGUUUCAACUCUGAGGUGUAGUUUAUGAAUGAGUUUAUUUUUUUAACUCUUUAAUAUUCAGAAAACAUUGACGAACAAACACUGGAUUCUUACUGCGAUAAUAUUAAUGAAUUUUACAGGUGACAAGAGGAAUAUUACCAUGUUGCGUAAUAAUAUGUAAAUGGUCAGUACUAUCAUUAUUAUUCCUAUUUUAUUUGUUACUACUAUCACAGUAGUAGUGCUAACAAAAAGUAACUCAGAUUUGUAAUUUGAUUUUUAUUAUUUAGCAUAAAAUGUCAACUUUGAUAUAUCGAUGACUAUUUAUUUCUUUGUUUUAUCAUUUUCCUCUAUAAUGCCUAUAUAUUAUCUUUGUUGCUUUGUUCGUGUAUGUGUAUGUAUGUAUAUGUGCCGUAUACAUACCAUUGUUACUACUUUUGUGAAUCAGCUUUGGAUACUGCUACUUUGAACACUUUCUUUAACUUAUUAGAUGGGAUAUUUACUAAAAAGGAGAUUUAUUUUUUACAUAAUUCUGGUUAUUUUUCCGUAAUUCACGAUUCUUUGUAUGGAAGUCUGUGUAUGUUCAUUACUGAAUAGAAAUAUGAAGAUUUAUGUUAUCCAGUAAUAUACUCUGAUUUGAAUUACAUACAUUUCGAUCGAUGAUAUGGAAUAGAUCAUUCAUAAGAGCCAGCUGGAUCUAACUAAUUCACUUGCCGUGACGUUUAAUACUUUUAUUUUUACUAAAAUGUUAUUUCCAAAAAAAACAGUUGUAUCCUUACUUAACAUGUUUUCAUAAUGCAUAAUGCUCUUUAUCAUUCAGUUAUUUCUCCAUUUUUCAGUCAUUAUGAUUAUUAUUAUUAUUAUCGCUGUUGCUAAUAUCAUAGUCAUCUCCAUAACAAUUACAAUCACUUAUUUUUUUAAGUAAAUAUAUACAUUUUCUUUUUGCCAAGAUAUUAAUUGUGUUAUGUUUUAUUCGUUACUGCUUGUUGAAUAUUUCAAUUUUCACCAUUCAAUAUAUAGCAAUAGAAACACACAAUGC